UUUCCUUUUGAAGCCCCGCUUGCCCUCGUCUCGUCGUCUUAUUUCUCGCUUCAGCCCCUUUCUGCGUGGUCUAGUCCCUGAGCCUCGCCUUGGGCGUCUGGGGCGCGUGGUGAUGUUAUUCCAAUCCUAAGGAAGGCUGAAGGGAAAGCUCCAGGAACCUUGAGUUGAAAGAGGGUUUGAUCUUUUUUGGAGAAAGACAUCCUCUCUGAGCAAGCAUGAUUGCCAAAGGAGGGAAGACUUUGUUCAAAACUACCCUCGGUUCAGAGCAACAUCUGGUGGUGAAGAAGGAAGAUGAUAACUGGAGAGAGAAAUCUCACCUGCAGAGAAACAUCAGCUCUGGGCAGGAACUCUUUCGCCAGCUCUUUAGGCAGCUGCGCUACCAAGAUACUUCUGGGCCCCAAGAGGCCCUGGUCCGACUCCAGGAACUUUGCCGAUGGUGGCUUAGGCCAGACAUUCACACGAAGGAAGAGAUUCUGGAUCGACUGGUGCUGGAGCAGUUCUUGACCAUCCUGCCUGGGGACAUUCGUACCUGGGUUCUGCUCCACCACCCAGAGAAUGGGAAGGAAGUUGUGGCCCUUGUGAAAGGUGUUGAGAGAUACUUCGAUGAACAAGAAAGGGAGGUUUCAGCCCGAGCGCAGGUUCAGGACGUGCUGUGGAUGGGGACUACAUCUCUGGGAGCAGCGCAGGAAUCCCUUCCUAUUCCAUCCUUCAGGGAUUACUCCUCACGCAGGACUCAUUUGGACUCUGCCUUUGACACUGGGAUGUUCCACCUCCAGGAUCCCCCAAAAGUUGCUCCAACUCCCCAAGUACCUGACGUUUCUCAAGAGGGGAGCAGAGGAGAUCAGGUGAUGGCUACGUCUCCAGAAGCUAGAUUGCAGGACUCUGUGAUGUUUGAGGAUGUGGCCAUACACUUCAGUGAGGCAGAAUGGUCACAUCUCUCCUCUGCUCAGCGGGCCCUGUAUAGGAACGUGAUGCUGGAGAAUUAUGGGAAUCUGGCCUCUCUAGCAAGUCCAUUUUCCAAACCUGCUGUGAUUUCCAAGCUGGAGCAAGCAUCGUCGGACCUUCAGGAAGCCCUGGAUCAGGAAGAUCUGAAAAAUACUUGUGCAGAUGGUGAACCCCAUAAUGAGGAUGAGAAGUUGAUUGUAAAUCAGGAAAUUGGUGAAGAAGAUUCUCAAGCAUCAUUUCUGGGAGAUCUCCAGACCAGUGUUCCUGAGCAGCCUCAUUUUAAAGAGUCUUAUGAACACAAGAUCAAGAGGGAGAAGCAGGGGGGCAAUUCAGCUGUGGAAAUUAAGAAGAGAAGGGAGAGAGAUUUCAAGUACAUGGCAGGCAAGGAUAUAAAAGCCACUACAGGGGAGACAGGUGAGAAUUUUGAGAGACAUUUAAGCUCAAACCUUGUUAGUCAUCAAAGAGUUCCCAAACUAGAGAAAGCCUACAAAUGUGAUGAGUGUAGCAGGUACUUUAGACAUAGUUCAGACCUUUUUCAACAUCAAAAAACUCAUAGUGGAGAGAAAUCCUUUAAAUGCAGUGAAGUUGGGAAAGCAUCCAGUCAUACUAUAGGAUUUGGUCAAGCUCAAAGAAUAAAGGGUGAACAUAUGCCCUAUAAAUGCAAAGACUGUGACAAGUCCUUCAAUCAUCGCUCACAUCUCGAACACCACCAAAGACUUCAUACACGGGAGAGGCCGUAUAAAUGUAAAGAGUGUGGGAAGACCUUCAGGUGGAGCUCCAACUUUGCUCGACAUAGAAGAAUUCAUAGUGGACCAAAAUUCUAUAAAUGCCAAGAAUGUGGAAAAGACUUCACUAGAAUUUCCCAGUACAUUAUUCAUCAAAGGGGCCACUUUGGGAAGAAAUGCCACAUAAGUAAUAGAUACAGUAGAACUUUGAGGCACAUCUCAGCAUUUAAUAAACAUAGGAAAGUCCAUACUGGGGAGAAAUGCUUUAAGUGCAAAGAAUGUGGGAAGACUUUUACAAGAAACAGAACCCUUCUUGAUCAUCAGAUAAUUCAUACUGGAGAGAAACCCUAUAGAUGCAAAGAGUGUGGGAAAACUUUUACAAGAAACAGAACUCUUCUUGAUCAUCAGAAAAUUCACACUGGGGAGAAACCCUAUAGAUGUAAAGACUGUGGGAAAACUUUUACAAGAAACAGGAGCCUUGUUGAGCACAAGAGAAUUCACACUGGGGAGAGACCCUAUGAAUGUAGUAAGUGUGGGAAAGCUUUUAAUCGUAAGUCAUACCUUUUUCUUCAUGAGAGAACUCAUAACCAAAAGAAACCUUAUAAAUGUAACAUUUGUGGGAAAGACUUUAGGUGGGGCUCAGGCUUUGCUCGACAUCGAAGAAGCCAUACUGAGGAGGCCUAUGAUAAAGGUAAUGAGCAAAGAAGAAUUUUUUGUCGUAGAUCUGACAUUCAACACCAGAAAAUCCACACUGAAAAGAAGUCUUAUAUGUGUCAUGAAUGUGGGAAAACUUUCACUCGGAAGAGAACCCUUAUUGAUCAUCAGAGAAUUCACACUGGGGAGAAACCCUAUGAAUGCAGUCAAUGUGGGAAAGCUUUCAGUUGUAAGCCAUACCUUAUUGUACAUCAGAGGACUCAUAUCUUUAAAGCUCAUCGUGUCAUGAAUUGCUGUGAAUGUAGUCAAUGUGGAAAAACCUUUUCUCAGAAGUCAUCGCUUAUUAUACAUCAGAGACUGCAUACUGGAGAACAACCUUAUAAAUGUAGUUUCUGUGGGAAAGGCUUCAGGUGGAAGUCAAACUUCACUCAACAUCAGAGAAGUCACACUAGGAUGAGACAUUAUAAAUGUCAAGAAUGUGGUAAAGUCUUCAGCCAGAAAGAUAGACUGAUUGAUCACCAGAAGAUUCAUAGUGAGGAGAAACUCUUUAAAGGUCAGCAGGGUGGCAAAACCUUCAGUAGGAAUACUAGACUUACUGAGCAUCAACGAAGACGUGGUUGUGAAAAACCUUAUAACUGUAGUAAAUGUGGGCAGUCCUUCAGCUGUGCCUCAGUCCUUAGCUUACAUUGGAAAAUACACACUGGAGAGAAACCUUGUGAAAAUGAUAGUACAAAAACAUUUUCCCAGAACUCAAGUCUUACCUCACAUCAAAAAUUCCAUAUUAGAGAGAGAGUCUAUAAAUGUAACAUGUGUGAGAAAACCUUUUGUAAGAAAUCCCAGCUUCUUAUGCAUGACAGAUUUCACACCCGAGAGAGACCCUACAGAUGUAAUAAAUGUGGAAAAAAGUUCAGAUGGAGCUCAAACUUAUCUCGACACCAGAAAAGCCACUCUGCAGAGUAAAUUGUAAAGUAAGGAUUUUGUAGUUCUGUAGCCAUUACUACAAAAAACAUCUUCACUAAGGAGAUCUCGGCUGUGUCAUUGAUAAUUCUCCAGCGGGAGAUUUGAAGACUGAUUUCUUUCCUGAAGGGGAGUUUCCAUCAUACUCAUGGACAGACUCAAGAAUUCCCUACAUCUGUCAGGAAACCUGUCCCUAGAGCAGUGUUUGUAAAAAUUAAGGGAGAUAUUUUAAGCCUGUUUUUAAUUGAAGCAAAUCAUAAGAGGUAAUAUGAUACUAGCAGCAGGAAGAUUUGUCUUCCAUUUCCCCCCCUUUUGACACUAGCUGUGUAACACUGGGUGGCAAGUCAUUUAGACUUUGUAAAGGCAAUCCUUUUACUAUCUAAUUGAUUCUCUGUUUCACUCUUCACACUUUGAGAAUAUCUGAAAACUCACUAGUGCUCAUCUACAAAGUGAUAUAUGGGUCAGUGCAAGGAAUUACAAAAUCCAAAGGGCUAGGGGUAGGCUGGAGGGUGGGGCAGGGUGUAUGGGGGUGUGUGGGGGUGUGUGGAGUGUUCAGGCAGGAGGGAAAGAGUUGUCCCUUGAUCUGAGAGGGAACUCAAUGAAGAGGGGAUUGAAUUGGUUUCCCUACAAACAUAAUUUGUUUUUUGGCCUAGAGAGAAGUCUGAAUUUGUAUGAAAGGAGUUACACAAUUUUUUUUUAUUAGCAUUUAUCUUCAGCCUUAUAAUGCUGUUCUUUGUAGUUUUGACUUGGGAAAUCACUACUCAUUGUUAUGUUUCCUUGGACAGGUUCAGGCCUUCCCAUCUGAGUCAUUUCAGGGAAUUAGAACACAUGAUAACAACAUUUGUAUUCUUAUAUGGGCCAAUUGUAUUAAAUGAUUAUUUUCAAUUGAUGUAUUUUCACUGUAUUGUCAUUCAAGAUUAACUUUAAUUAAAAUUAAAUUUUUAAACA